ACAGAUGAUUCUCCCUUUCCCUUUCGGAGCGAAAUUCACCCACGAGACAGAAAAGGGACGCGCAAAAUAUAGCUCCUCAUUAUCUCACUCCUUCUGAGCCCCUCCCCUAGACCUACCUUUACCUUAUCAAUAUCAUCAUUUCCCUUUUCAAUUUCUCAUUUUUCCUAAUACCCAACAAAAAUUUUUCAUCACUGCUUCAAUAAUCGAUCAAAUUCCCCGCUUUUUCUACUGUUUUUUACGAUUUCUGUUGGGAUUUUGGAGCUAUAAUCAUUUUCUUUCUUUAAAAAGGGAGCUAUGGAUGCUGAUUCGUGGAGCGCUCGUCUCUCUUCGGCCUCUAGGCGAUACCAAUCCGUCCUUCAAUCGCGAUCUGAUAUGUUUAUAGGUUUCGAAGAAAUUGAUGGAGAUGAUGAUAUAAGGGAGGAGUUUCCUUGCCCAUUCUGUUCAGAAUAUUUUGAUAUUGUUGGCCUGUGCCGUCAUAUUGAUGAUGAGCAUCCCGUGGAGGCAAAGAAUGGGGUUUGUCCAGUUUGUGCAAUGAGGGUGGGGGUUGAUAUGGUUGCGCACAUAACCUUACAACAUGGAAAUAUAUUCAAGAUGCAGCGGAAGAGGAAAUCACGAAAAGGUGGACAUCAUUCAACGCUUACAUUAUUGAGGAAAGAGCUGCGAGAAGGAAAUCUACAAUCUCUUUUUGGGGGUUCUUCAUGUAUAGUUUCCUCAUCCAACACAGCACCUGAUCCGUUGUUGUCCUCAUUCAUUUUGCCUAUGGCUGAUGAUUUUGGAAGUGCUCAACCUUCUUUUCCAAAUGAAACAAGCUCAGCCAAGAAAAGCUUAGAUGAGAAUGUUUCAGCACGAAAUACAAAGUCAUCUCCCCUGUCAAUUAAGGAUAAGGAAGAGAAGGCGAAGAGGAGUGAGUUUGUUCAGGGGCUGUUGUUUUCCGCCAUUCUUGAUGACAUCUUAUGAAGAGGACUCAUACUGGCUGCCGCUGUUAUGAAAGUCCAAUUUACAACUAAGAGCCCAACAAACUACGGUUUGUUUGUAGUGACUAUUCCAAAUUGCCGAUGUAUUGAAGGCAAGAGCGUUGAAUAAGGUUUAGGAAUGAGUGUAAGCUAUUUUCAUGUGAACUUCAGUUGUUGGACCUGAACAGACUUUCACUUUCAGGUCAUCGUUAAAAGAAAAGAAAAAAAAAAUUUCUUUUCCUCU